AAAACAGAAAGAAAUUGUUUUGCCUCGAACAUAACUCUCCGCAUUUUGUAUGAAAGUGCGAUAUUCAAUAUUCUGUGGCGAGUAAUAUAACAGAGUUAAAUAAGCGCAAUGGCUGAUCCAGAACUUGAAGCGAUACGGCAACAGAGGCUGCAACAAAUGCAGGGUUCUAAUCCGGAGCAACAAAAAGCCAUGCAGGAACAACGGCAGGCGCAGGAAGAGAUGAAGAAUUCGAUGCUGGCCCAGCUACUAGAUCAGGAUGCGCGUGCUCGGCUAAACACGCUCAAGUUAAGCAAACCGGAAAAGGCACAAAUGGUGGAGGGCAUGAUCAUUCGGAUGGCACAGAUGCGCCAGAUCGGCGACAAGCUAGACGAUGCGAGCCUUGUGAAGUUACUCGAAAACCUCAAUCAACAGAUGCCUCGCAGCAACUCAACGGUCAAGUUUGACCGAAGGCGGGCUGCACUAGACUCCGAUGAGGACGAUGAUGAUUAUGGUAUUUAAUCUCUUAUGUUUCAUCGCGUUGAACGGCUUUCGUCGCUUAGCUUACUGGCACUAAAAAAUGAGGACAAUUUGUGGGAACACCGAUAUUACAAGCAAGCGCAGCUCACAUGUCAUCACAUAACUCAAUAAACGGCAAUAACAACCAUCUCAGUUCGACGCAAAGUUUUGGGUAAAAAUUAAGAGUUUCUCUUCUGAUUCAUUCGUUGCU